CAGAUUCAAUUACAAGGCUUUAGCGUUCAAAACUGCUUGGGAAAGUUCAAAACGGCCAGCUGCUCGUCUUGGGCCAGCUUAGACUCUGAAGGGCUUUCCCCUAAGUUGGCCUACGUGGAGAGAAAUCCAGAAAAGUAGGCAACCUCGCCUGUUCUAUCCGAUUGCACAGUAAUCCUCAACUUUUGUUAUGGCAUUCAAUGAUGUCUUGGAGUCUAUUGGAGGAGUUGGCCGCUUCCAGAUCUCGCAAAUCACCUUCUUGCUGAUUUCCGUCUGCCUCAUUGCUUGCCACAACUUCCUGCAGAACUUCACUGCCGCCGUUCCAGACCACCAUUGCAAGCCUUUGCAGCCCACCAACCAGACCUUGCCCUCUAGCUACACCCAAAGCACAGCAGAAGGAGUCUUGUUGAAGGCACCUGUCCCCAUAGACCAGAAUCGGAAGCCGGAGAAGUGUCUCCAGUUUGCCAUGAGUUGGUGGCGCCUAUUGAGCCCAAAUGCGACUGUAGCGGUUGGGGACUCUGCCACACAGGUGCACACCGAACUCUGCACAAGUGGAUGGGUCUAUGAUGUGAGUGUGUUCGAGUCUACCAUUGUGACAGAGGUUGCUUCUCCUCUCUCUCCCUUCCAGUGGAAUUUGGUGUGUGACCUACAGAACCUGAGAGAUGUAGCCCAGUCGCUCUACAUGGCUGGUGUGCUGGUUGGGGCUGGUGUGUUUGGAGUCUUAUCAGACAGGUGGGUGGUUGUUGUGAUGAAUGUUAGGGGGUGGGGACUCAGGUUUGGCCGGCGCAAACCUCUGAUCUGGUCAUAUCUGCAAAUCGCCCUCGCUGGCACCAUCACAGCAUUCCUGCCCAGCUUCAGCAGCUACUGCGCCUUCCGCUUCCUGGCUGGCAUGACGUUUUCAGGAAUCAUGCUAAAUUCUCUGUCCUUGAUGUUCAUCCUGGUUUUUACUGCAAGUCCUUUUUUAACAGUUUCUCUUGCUUUUCUCCUAGUUCUGGAGUGGAUGCCCAACAAGGGCCGGACAGUGGCAGGUGCCCUCUUAGGUUACUUUGUCACCUUUGGGCAGAUCGUCUUGGCAGGAGUCGCAUACGGAGUCAGAAACUGGCGCUGGCUCCAACUCUCCGUCUCGGCACCAUUUUUCAUCAUUUUUGUCUGUUCAUGGAAACUUCCAGAAUCACCACGCUGGCUCCUGCUUCAUAACAAGGCACAGGUAGCAGUCCAGAAUCUGAGGAAAGUUGCCGCAAUAAACGGCAAAAGCAAGGAGGGAGAGAAAAUUAACAAAGAGGUAUUGCAUUCUCACAUGCAGAUGGAAGCUGCAAGUCUGAAAUCCCGGCGCACUGUCUUCGACCUGUUUCGCAGUCCAGUAUUGCGGAGGGUCACUUGCUGCCUCAUGGUUGUCUGGUUUUCCAGUUCCUUUUCUUAUUACGGCUUGGCGAUGGACGUGCAAAAAUUUGGCCUGAACAUCUUUGUGGUGCAGGUGUUGUUUGGAGCGAUCGACCUUCCCGUUGUGCUGCUGUCCACCUUUGUCAUGGUCUUCAUUGGACGCCGCCUUGCCAUGGCCGGCUUCCUAUCCCUUGCUGGGCUCCUGGUGUUCGUCAACAUGUUUGUGCCAGACGAAACGUUUCGUUUAUUCUAUAUAUUUCUCCUUCCUGCAGAACUGCAAACGUUGCGUACAGUGCAGGCAGCACUAGGGAAAGGGUGCCUCGCCAGUUCCUUUAUUGGUGCAUAUCUGUAUUCUGGGGAGCUCUACCCAACAGAGAUCAGGCAAACAGGCAUGGGAUUUGUGUCAAUGCAAGCCCGUCUCGGAGCCAUGGUUGCGCCCCUGGUCUACGUGCUUAGGGAUUCCUUUCCUGUCCUGCCACCAAUUAUAUUUGGAGCUGCUGCCCUCCUUGCGGGGGUCUCUGCCUGCUUCCUGAUGGAGACGAGACGUUUACCCCUCCUGGAAACCAUCGCAGAGAUGGAACGCAGGUAAGUUUUCUUUCCCAUCCCUUAUAGGAGUUGAAAAACGAUUAGGAUGGGACCCUGACCCAAAGAGUGGUUUUAUGCCAUUUAGCAUGCAUGGAGUGGAGCACCACAUUCUUCUAUGCUCAACCUAUUUUGGGGGGGGGCACCUGUUAGCGGUUGGCACGGCCAAAGUGAGCAGAGCAAGGGAUGCAAA